AUGGCCGACUUUUCAGAUGAAGAGGAUCGCCAACUCGUUCAGCUCGCGGCGGUGUACGAGCAAGCAGGAAGACAAAUCGACUGGGUGUCAGUGGAGAAAGACAUGAGGCCGUCAACAUGGAGCGCAAUCAAACUGCAACAGCGAAUCAAGACGCUCAAGAGACGAUAUGGCAAUAACGUGCUGAGUUUCCCCCCACGCUAUUUCCGCCCG